AUCUCAUUAAAAACACACAAACACAUAGGCCACUACAACAUUGUCAGUAUAUAGGCAGAAGAAAUAUUGACAAUGGAAAUUCUCUAUGCCUCUCUCCUUGGCUUCUUUCUUCUUCUUGUCAUCUACCUCUUCUACCACCACAAAACGAGUGGAAAUGCAAACCUUCCACCUGGGAAAACCGGAUUUCCAGUGAUUGGGGAAACCCUUGAAUUCCUCUACGCCGGGUGGAAAGGUCACUCCGAGAAAUUCAUAUCUGACCGCAUAGCCAAGUACUCCUCCAACGUUUUCAAAACAAGCCUUUUUGGCUCACCAUCUGUUGUUUUCUGCGGAGUGAGCGGACACCGAUUCUUAUUCUCCAACGAAAACAAACUUGUCCGGGUAUGGUUUCCCCGUUCUAUAAACAAAAUUUUUCGACAGUCCACAGAAACCUUCUCCACUGAAGAAGCCAUCAACGCCAGAAAAUAUAUUAGAACCUUGAUUAAACCGGAGGGGUUGCAAAGCCAUAUCAGUUUAAUAGAUACAUUCACCCACUGCCACUUUGUUACCUACUGGGAAAACAAGGACAGAGUUUUAGUUUUCCCACUCGCCAAGCACUAUACUUUUUUGCUUGCAUGUCGCUUGUUGAUGAGCGUCGAGGAUCCAAACCUUGUUGCUAUUCUUGAAAAUGCUGUCAAGUUUGUGUUAAAGGGGGCAUUUUCUGUCCCUAUAGACUUACCCGGAACCCCAUUAAAUCAUGCCAUGAAGGCUUCUUCUUUUAUUCAGAAGGAACUUUUGGUUAUUAUUAAACAAAGGAAGAUAGAGUUGGCUAAGGGAAUGACAUCGCCAACUCAGGAUAUCUUGUCGCAUAUGCUUUCAACAAGCGAUGACAAUGGAAGCUUCAUGGAUGAGGUGGAUAUUGCCAAUAAAAUGUUUGGAUUGUUAGUUGGCAGCCAUGACAACAUCGCCUCUGUAUGUACUUCCAUAAUCAAGUACCUUGCUGAGUUGCCUGAGGUCUACCAAGAAGUUUACCAAGAGCAACUGGAGAUUGCGAAAUCAAAAGCUCCUGGUGAAUUGUUGAACUGGGAGGACAUUCAAAAGAUGAAAUAUACAUGGAACGUAGCAUGUGAAGUGAUGAGACUGACACCCCCUAGCCAAUUUGCUUUCAGAGAAGCAUUAACGGAUUUCACGUACAACGGGUUCUCCAUUCCAAAUGGGUGGAAGUUAUAUUGGACCCCACAAUCGACACAUAGCAAUCCCGAACUCUUUCCCGAGCCACAUAAGUUUGAUCCAUCGCGAUUUGAGGGUUCUGGACCACUUCCUUACGCAUAUGUACCUUUUGGUGGAGGACCUAGGAUGUGCCCCGGAAAAGAAUUCGCCCGGUUAGAAAUACUCGUGUUCAUGCACCACCUAGUCAAGAGGUUUAGGUGGGAAAAACAGAUUCCUGAGGAGAAGAUUGUUUAUAUUCCCAUAGCUAGUCCUGAAAAAGGGCUUCCAAUUCGCCUCUUUCCCCACAAAGCUUAGUUCUGUUACUACUAUUGUAAGUUGGAUUUAUAAGUAUGGGGUGUAUGUUGGAGUCAGAGUGGGAACAAUUGAGAGCAGACAGAAUAAGCAGUGGCUCUGUGGGUUAAUCGUGGGUUGGAAAAAUGAGUGAUUCAAAUAAUGUGAGGUGUGAAAUUAUAUAUUUGGGUGUAAUGUUAUUUGAUAUUUACCUUAUGGACAUAUGGAUGUGUGUUGUGUA